GGCAAUAAAUAACCAAAUAAGUAAUAUGACAAAAUCAACACUAUAUAAACUCAUAUUUGGCCAACAACCACAAGCUGAUUUACAAAUGAUUUCAAUGCUUCAUCGGCAAAAUAUUUUUUAUGAAGAAGAUAUUUCAUUAGAAAAUCAAUCCUCAUUAAUUAAUAAUGAUAAUAGUGACAACAAUAACAAUGAUCUUGAAUCUAAUGAUGACAAAAUGAAUAUAUCACAAGAUCAUAGUUUAAUUGAAGAAUUUACCAAUUGCGAUACUAAACUACAAAAUUCUUGGAAUAAAAAGGAAAAAUGGCACUUGGAAAAUACGUGCAAUAACUCAGAUACUUUAUUAGAUGGAACAUUUCAAGACUAUAAAUUACAUGAUAAUUUAUUUCAAGCUGAUACAAAUUUUGAAGGUUCAAUACAAGAAAAUCAUGAAAGUCUUAUGUCAGUCGAUAAUCAAUCUCAUUCAAGCCAUUCAAGCUUUGAUAACCAUAAGCAAUUACGUGAUAAAGCACUACAACAAGUUAAAAAAAUAAGCAAAUUAUUCGUAGUGUUAUGGAAAAGCG